AUGGAUGAGGGAAGAGAAGGAGAGAUAGAGAAGAAGGAAGAAGGACAAGUGAAGGAAGGAGUAGCGUCGAUAGCUUUAUUGCCAUGUGGGUCUCUCUCUGGCCAUUUCAUUCACAUGCCUCUCUCCAUCUGUUAUGGCCUCCAUGGCACUGAACUGGCUUGUGAGACUGAGUGCAGCCGCGGUGAGGAUUACCGGUUGAUCAAACUCACCAUCAUUGACUACAAUAGUAAGAAGGAGCAAACAGUUGUAGUGGAGUGCAAAGGCCACGAUGCUGCUCGGAUUAAUGAUGUCGAGCAUGCUCACGGUUGGGAGGAAGAUGUGAUAGGAUUAGUCGAAGAAAAGCACGGGAAGAAGAAAGUAUCUGUUUCGUUCGAGUGCGAGACAUUGAAGGCAGAUGAAGCAGCAGAGGACCACAUCAGACAGUUUAUGCCCAAAUUAGCUGGACUUGAUGCUGUUAUUAACAUAGGACCAAUGAAGAUCACUGGGCUUGAUUUUGCUGCGGUGGAAGGGGAACACGCAAACUAA